AUGGCGAUCUCCGCCUCCUCUUCCGCUUCGUCUCUCGGAGGCCCAUCACGCCUGGCCAUGGUCCCACCUCGGUCUUCCUCAGUAGCUCCAGCCCAAUAUUUCGACUCCUUCCUCGAGCUCUGCCCAAGCAUUCAGUCCAUCAGUGCCCUCGCCCGAUCUUCGCAAGACGAAGCAGUCAAGCUCACCCGACUGAGCAGAGCGCUCCUACACAUAUGCUCACUCGGAAACGUCAAUCUGCUCGCAUGGUUUCUCGAGAUCAGAGAGCAGGGGCAAAGGGCGCUGAGAGGAGGCGGUGGCCCAAUGCAGUCUUCCACGGCCGCAGAGGAGCGCUUCUUCCCGCUGCUGAAUCUCCGAGCUGUGAGGGAAGAUGAGGGAGGAUCGGGGUUAGUGAUAUUGGCCGCCAGCGCCGGACACACUGGCAUUGUCGAGCUUCUGGUCGAGCAUGGUGCAGAGGUAGACGAGAGAGAUGCAGCGGGUUGGACUCCACUUAUGUGGGCCAUCAAUCUUGGCAAUCUCCCCCUGGUCACCUUCCUACUUCAACAAGGCGCCGAUGUCGAGGCUCGCAGCAACAACGGACGUACCUGUGAAGACUUCAUCGUAUCCCUAGCUCCCCUCGAAGAUGGCACCACCAGUCUGGACUCUACAAAUCAGCAGCCUCGCACGCUAGAAUUGAUUGCAGACGAUGUCUACGAGCAUAUCAUGGCAGCGGUGGCUAGACGAGAAGCAAUGACCUCGACAAAUCAAAGCGGCAGCAGCUUGCGAUCGGCCUUCUCGGAUUGGAACGCUGUGUCACCCUCAGGAUCUCUCUCGCGGCCUGCCAGUCUCACAAUCAGCGGGCUCCCAGCAUCUGAUCCCAAUUCUCGGCCUCAUUCCCUGCUGCAGGGUCGCAAUCGUACUCUGCGACACAAAGCUUCGACUUGGAGUAUGUCAUCGACUUCCCGUCGCAUUGUUGGUCGGAGUGAGCGCAACGAUAUGCAAGAAGCAGAGAUCAGGGCUAGAGAGGUGGCCGAGGGCAGGAGAAGGGCUUUGUUAGACAUGGCUGUCAUGCUAGAUGUCGAGUAUCUCCAUCUCUUCGGUCACGAUACAGGCGUGGGCGGCAGUGAUGCGAGCUCGGCUCUGACAAGCUGGGCGGUGAGAAAAGGCAAAGCCCGUAGACGCGAAGGAGCUCGACAUCCUGCCAAGGUCCAGCUUGCAGGGCUGUCUCCUGGAUGCGGUGCACUGGAGGUAGGAGAGGACCCACUGUCUGUUGAAUUUGACUUCGGCCAAAUCCUGCCAGAUCAGAUGCUUGUCCUCGGCGGCAACGACGUGGACCCUCUACUGGAUCUGCUGAUAGUUGACGGUCAGCCUAUGAGGGCUCCGUGGAGCAGCCGUGCCGAGCCUGCAAAUGCAAUCUUCCUCUGUCUCCGCUCUGCUGCAAAGUACCAGGAUGAGGACGUCUUUAUGAAUCUUCUCCUUGGGACCUUGGAGCGGAUAGAAGAUCGUAUACGGGAAGAGCAGGCGUCUCUGACUCACCUUGCAUAUUGGCUCUUCAACCUGACCCUUCUCUUACAUUAUCUGCAAAGAGAUGUCACAUUAUCACGCCUUCCGUUGAUGCAGGAUGAGCAUCUCCACUACUUUGUGGACCUCAUCAAUGAGUCCUACGUGAUCCUCAUUCGAGACGUCGAGCGACGCCUCAAUCGUCUCAUAGAGCCUGCGAUGCUCGACUACGAAUCCUUACCGCUAUUCGAAGACGUCCGCUUUGAGGGCGAAUGGGGUUUCAUGAAGACACUCACGGGUAGCGUGAAGGGAGCCGUGGCAAAUGGUACAUCUAGCACAACGAGCCCAGCGAGAAAUCGUCUGAGCCAGAUGUUUGUCAAGCGCGAUCAGCCUCCUGGCUCGCCGUCACCCAACACUCCGAGUAGACUGGCGCAAUCGAAUUCUAUCGGGUCUCUGAGCUCUUUUUUGCCUCGUUCCCCGAAGUCUCAAGCCAAGGACCACGAGGAGCUCUCUACUGAGGCCUCUGCUGCUGACUUGCUCGCAAGACCUACACCUCGGACAAUUACUUCUCUCUUGACAUCAGCUCUGCAUGUGCUGCAGCUGUACGAAGUCAAUCCAGCUAUGAUCAUCCAAGCAUUCUCGCAGGUCUUUUACUGGCUCACAUCGGAGAUCUUCAAUCGAGUCCUCACCAACAAGCGCUAUCUCUGUCGAUCGAAAGCGAUGCAGCUUAAGCUCAAUGUAAGCGCUCUGGAAGACUGGGCACGCAGUAACGCUCUUCCUUUAUCUAUUGUCAGCACCCAUCUGGCCCCUCUCAACCAACUCAUUUCAUGGAUAGCUGGUCAAUCUUCUCUUCGGGAAUUUGACUCCUUGAUUGCCACAAUGCAAGGGUUGAAAUGCCUCAAUCCGCUUCAGAUGAAGAGGGUAGUCAGAGAUUAUAGGUACGAGGUGGGAGAGAGUCGCAUGAGUGAUGAGUGUCUGCAGUACCUCGACCAACUUCGUACAGAUUGGGAGAGGCGGCAAGUACACUCUGAUGAUGUCGAGGAGGAGCGCAAGGUGAGAAGGGACCUCAUGGCUAUGAAGCAGGAGCUCAUCCGGCAAGAUGAGAGGGAGCCAUCGCACCAUCAACGCUCAGGCACGGCCACUCAGGAUCAUCCUGGCCCGUCAUCGCCUUCGCUUGACGAGACGAUCCAGCACAAUACUUUCAUUGCCGAUGAUGUAGGAGAUGCUACGCAGCAAACAGUGAUGCUACCCUUGGAGGGGCUUCCUACAGGAAUGCAAGCUCUCGAUGCGGACUCGCCUCAAGCAGAAGCAUUGGCCGCUCAGCGUGCAAUCGACUCCCUCUUCCUACCAGGUCGGUCCAUGGCCGACUACCAGCCGCCUCUGGCCCCCGAGCCUGACAAGAGGGUCCCCAUCGCUCAGCGAGAUCUCCUCUACUCAAGUGCCAUGCUCCCAUUUGCUAUGCCCUCGGGCGUAGAGGCACUGAUCGUCUCCCCGGGAGAUGCUUUUGGCUUCGGCAGGGGCCACUUCACGGGUACGGGGACUGCAACCCUGCGUACUGCCAGGGCAGGCGGCAGCACUCCGAGCACAGCUGCUCUGAACCCUGCACAGCGUUCCGGCUAUAGUGCCUCCCUCUCUUCCUCAAGCAGCAUCAAUGGCCGGUCCUCCUUCUCCAUCUCGGGCAGCCCCACCAAACCGUCCAGCUCCCUCUCUCAUGAGCUCCUCGUCCCCGACGAAGAUCACUCCCUCGAUCUCGACGAUCACCUGACCGACGACGGGAGCGCCUCUGUCCCCUCUGCCGCCUCGGGUCUCUCGGCCGAAACGAAUCGCAGCGUCUUCACCAGCGGCAAGGGACUCGCGGCAGGCGGAUACUGGCAGCCCGUCCCAAUCAUCAGCGAGGAGAGUCUGAAGAAAUUUGAUGAUUUGAUGAGGAACGAGGCGAGAAAGUGGGAGAUGAUGAGGAAGAGGGGCAGGAUGAGGAUCAGCUCGGGACCUAUCAGGUCGCCCAUUGUUGAAGGAGACCCCUGGAGGGAGUGGGGUGCAGAGACUGCCAGUGGAGCGGUAGCAGCGGCGAGCCCGCGAGCCAGCCAUACAGAGGGGAUCAGUCAGUCGCUGGCUGUCCCACCUCCUGCACCAGGUCCCUCGUACGCGAAUGGAGACACGUCACCUCGGCCCUCGGAGGAGGGGACGCGCGAGGGCAGCAACGCUCCACGUCCAUACCGAGGUUUCGCCAUCAAAUCGACUUCUCCGCGAGUGCCAGUAGCCGAGAUGCAGGAUCUGGCCAUGAACGAAGCGGCCUAG